CUAUUUAUACGUGUGCGGUGUUCGAGUCUGAUAUAGCGAGCUGAAGAAAAAACUUAUCUGAGAAAGAAAGGAAGAAAGAAAGUAAUAUCAAUCGUUGAAAAUGCAGGGAGGAAAGAAAGCAGGAGAAUCCGUGAAGGAAACGGCUUCAAACAUUGGUGCUUCUGCCAAAGCUGGCAUGGAGAAGACCAAGGCCACUCUCCAAGAGAAGGCAGAAAGAAUGACAGCACGUGAUCCGGUGCAAAAGGAAUUAGCAACCCAGAAGAAGGAAUCUAAGAUCAAUCAGGCUGAACUGGACAAACAGGCGGCGCGUCAACAUAAUGCAGCGGCGAGUGAGUAUAACUCGGCGGCGAAGCAGGCGAGCACGUACUCCACCACUGGGGAGCAUGGUCAUCCCACGGGGUUCCACCAGACGUCGGCGAUGCCAGGUCACGGAACUGGGCAGCCCACAGGCCACGUGACUGAGGGAGUGGUGGGCUCCCAUCCCGUUGGGACCAAUCGAGGACCGGGAGGGACAGCUACGGCCCAUAAUACCCGUGCGGGUGGAAACCCAAAUGAUUAUGGGUAUGGGACUGGCGGUACUUACAGUUAAAUAAUGAUGAUGAUUAUAAUAUCAUAUAGUUAUUAGCAUCGGUUUAAUAAAAACGGUGUAGUUGUUUUGUUGUUCAUGCUUUUUUUUUCUUGCUUGUUCCCUUUUCCCUCCCUCCAUUUUUAUCAUGGAGAGUGGAGAGUGGAUGGGGUGUUGUUACUGGUUACUGUAGAAGUGCUUUCACUUGUACUGUACCGUUAUGUAUUAUUUCCGUUUCAAUAAAUAAACAAGAUCCUGGUGGUGUAUUAUGACGAUUA